UGCCAGUGCAAAGCCUUGUUUUAAUGUCUUCAUCGGCGCAAUGGAUUGUUUCAUGUCACGCUAUGGUGUAUGCAUUGAAACAAUGCAUGUCGGUCUGUUUUUUUGGGCUCAAUGUACUCGACUGCCUGGCCCUGGAGUCAAGCAGUACAUAUCUGCUUGCUCGCUUGUGUUCCAAUGGAAAUAGGAUGCUCCUCGGAGCAAGAGCGCAUGAGGCCUGUGGGCCAAGCCCAGGAGCCCUCUGGCCUUGUGCUGAACCCUGAGAAGGUCUCCAAACAAUGGCCUUCAUUUCAGAAUCAUGUCUCCUUUGUGUCAGUGAACUCACAAGACUCGAAAGUUGAGAAGGUUGAGGAUGAGUGUCUUGAAAGCCUUGAGUGCAGGUCCUUAGCGUGGGAGGUUGAGACCGAGAGCAGCGAGGCCUCACCCACAUCGACUGGUGC